AUGCUUCUGCUGAUGGUCCUCUUGUUCAAUCGGCUGGAUUUUCUGACCCGAUACAUGUUUAAAGAGGCACAACGUAUUUCAGUUGCGAAGAUCAUUGCUGAACUUUUUAUCUCAGACAGUCAAUUUGUAGCCAGAAUGCCUGCUCCUUGUCGUGAUGGCCUAAUCUACCCUAACGCGAUAUUCGAGUCUGCAUAUAGAAUCACUUUCUUGAUACAACGAGAUGUUCCCACGCCCAGGGCAAUCAUCUCCAGCUUGGGAAUCGUCACUGAUGUCUUGCUAGCCGGCAGUUUGGAUUUUGCCAUAAUAAUGUUGGAUUCUUUUUGA